CAAUUGUCUGGAUGAAAAGCAGGCUCUGCCUCCCUCACCGUUGUGUGUUAGUUUGUGCCUGAACAGCAGGUUUAAGAUCAUAGUUUCUGAUCAGCUCUGUGGUUCAGGUGAGAGCAGGGAAACUCGCGAGCAGAUGUGAUGGUGGAGUGCUGCAGAGACUGGACACAGAGACAGUGCACUAAACAGUACACAGAGUAGAGGCUUUUUGCUGCCCUAAAAAGAUGGUGGGGCUGAGAAACUGCUCUACAUGGGAACCACUGCUACUCAAGGCCUCCUGUAUCAAGUCCUGUGCCAACGGCUGCUCCCUGGGCAUCACCGCACACCUUACAUAUGCUAAUGCUGAUGUGGAGUCUGUAGAAGGCGUGUUUGUGUACCCUCUCGGGGAAAAGGAGGUCGUAGUAGGCUUUGAGGCUGUGAUUGCAGGCCGGUUGGUGGGGGUCCAGAUCCAGAGUCGAGGGAAACUGAAGGAUUGCUGUUUGGACUGCUGCCCUGGAUCUGGUCUUGAAGGCUCCUGUCUAAAUGGUCGGGAGUGGGGCUGCUGUGGGAGCUCCAGCCUUGACAUGCAGUGCACCAAUGGACAUCUCAUCCUGGAUGAAGACCUUGAAAGAACCACCUUCAUUGUGGGAACAGGCGUCAUUGGUCCCAUGGAUAUAGUAUCCGUUGUUAUAAGUACCACACUAGAACUGCCCACGUUAGAAAAUGGAGCAAUCCGCAUCGUCUACCCAACACUGCUUACCCCGAUUGUCACCGGCCAGAUGACUUCAAGCAAGAGUGAAAUUGGCGGGAAGUCUGAAGAAAUUGGAGCAACCAGCUGUUUUGGUGCCACCUCAGGAAAACAAGAUCGGCCCCUAGACUCUGAGCAGCAGUGUGCCCACGCCAUCUUCACCACUCCAGCUGCCAACCUGGCACCUUAUGAGCUCAACUUCCAGCUGCUGGUCAGAGGGGCCUGUCUGCUAGCUGGCCUGGAGAGCCCCACUCAUGCUCUGAGGGCUGAUGCAGACCCCAGCGCCCAAAGUGCCUCUGCUACCUACAUCACCUUGGCACAGGAGCAUCCGUAUGACAGACACAUAGAGAUCAUUCUGCAUCUUAGUGAACCUCACAGCCCAUUGGUCAUAUUAGAGAGAGGCAGGCUCUCAUUCAGCCAGUACGAACAGCAGAUCUGUUCCCGCCGGGAUUUCAUUCGAUGCAUUCGUAAAGAUUCAGAACCCGAGAGGAAGUUGGAGUUUGUGAGGAAGCGAUACCACAAGGACAUUCUUUGCAGCCCCGUCUUGAUGCUCAACUUCUGCCCCGACUUACUGUGUGAACCUCUGGAGCUGCACAGAGCUACCAGAGAACUGCUGUUCAUUGUGGAUCGCAGUGGCAGCAUGAGUGGCACCAACAUCCAUCGUGUAAAGGAAGCCAUGGUGGUGGCACUUAAGAGUCUUCCCUCUGGCACCAUGCUCAACAUUGUGGGCUUCGGGACCACCAUCAAGCCUCUGUUCACCUCCAGCAAGCUCUGCACUGAUGUCACUUUAAUGCAGGCAUAUGAGUACGUCCAGAGGAUGAGAGCCGACAUGCGAGGCACCAACCUGCUGGGGGCGCUGUCCUGGGUGUACCAACAGCCCAUGCAGCGCUCAUAUCCUCGCCAGGUUUUCAUCAUCACUGAUGGAUCCAUUAGCAAUGUGGCUAAAGUGCUGGAGAUGGUCCGCAGAAACACAUGCGCUGGCAGAUGCUUUGGGCUGGGCCUUGGUCCCCGAGCCUGCCGAAGACUCCUCCAGGGCGUUGCCAAACUGACAGGGGGGACUACUGAGUUCUUGGAUGAUGAGGAGAGACUCCAGCCCAAGUUAAUCAAGUCUCUAAAGAAGGCCUUUGAACCUGUGCUGACUGAUGUACGGAUUGACUGGUACCUGCCAGAAAACAUGGAGGCUUUCCUUUCACCCAAUGAAAUCCCUCCACUUUACCCUGGAAAUCGUCUGAUUGGAUAUUGCACCCUAUACGAUAUGACAAAUUUCAAAGCAAAAAGGACAGAGUCUCAAGGACGGGGCUGUAAAGGUGCACAUCGUGGCUCCACAGGUUCCGUUUUUGUCCAAUCAAAUGAUGAGCUUUCACCUCCUCCUGCCUCUGAGUUAAUGCCUGUGGUGACGUGUGCAGAUGGCACCGACUUGGAGGAGGCACUAAGGGAGAUUUCCAGAGAAAUCUCCUCUGAGUUCUCCUGUGCCAGAGACACAGAUCCUGGCACUAGCCCAGGUGUGGAGCUAGAGUGGUCCAGUGAUGUGAGGAGGAGGAUCCAGGAGAGCUCUUAUAUCCAGGACCAGUAUGUCCUCACUCAUUGCUCCCUCAGCAGUGAGCAGAGUCCACAGACACAGUCCCACUCACACAUGCAGGCCUCGUCCAAAUCUGACUCUGCAGGUGGGAUCUUCCUGCCUGACCCUCACUCCUCCGGUAUGGUGCUGGACACAGGGUCUCUCCCUCAAGGCCUUGAAAAAAUGCCCCCUCCGGAACAGAGAUCAUCCCUGUCUCGCUGGGCAGACUCUGCAUGGCAACAAAACCUCUCAGUGGAAACCACUGACAGCAGGGCAGGAAAGAGUGGGCGUCUGGAUGGAAGUGAGGCGUAUCAGAGGAGACAUAAAGCACUGGUCCGAUCAGCUAUGGCAGCACGGAGUUUCUCAUCCCCCCAGGGUGAGCUGGAGAUGCAUCGCCUGAGGAGAGCUCUGGAGAGGGUCUCCUUUGACCAAACACUGGGAGGGAGGCUAGAUGAAAGUGAUGGGGAGACAAAGCCCCCUUCAAGAGGGACGCUGUCCUGCAGGAGCCUCGCUGAUUCCAAUGGACUCAUGUUCCCUGCCUCUCCUCUGGACUGGGACAGCCUCACAGACCCAGAGUACCUCUUUGCUGCUGUUCCACUUGAGGAUCCCCCACCUGGUCAGUGCCGCUCGCUCAUUCAUGGCAUACUAAGUGGCAGACCUGUGUCCUGGGAGGUCACUGUGGAUCUGGGGUCCCUCUGGACCACUGAGAGCCAGGAGCCACCAGUGGGCGAGGGAUAUGGAGGAGUAGGAGGAGAGGAAGGAAGAGGAGGGGAACCAUGGAAGGAGAUCAUUCACCAGCUGACUGCUCGCUCAGUUAUAAGGGACUUUGAGAAAAUGGCCAAGAAGGAGAAUGACACUGGACAUGGUUCAGCUAAGCGGUACCGUAUGAAGGCUAUACAGACCAGUAAGCACUGUAACAUCAUCUGCAUGUACACAGCUUUCACCACCACUGAUAGCAACCCCAACAAGGGCUGCCCAGACAGCAUGGAUUUCCAAAACACAGGGGUGCAUCUGGGGAACAGACGUAGUGUCCAGUCAGGCAGUCGCAGGCAGAGGGCCUAUUCUGUCGGUUUGGGCAGACGGCGCACCAGCAGAGACAGCGAAGAGAUCGAGGACACCUGGAACUCAACAGACAGAGAUGACACUCCCGCCUCACCCUGUAGCCUUACAUCCUGGGACUCUAGUGUAGGGGGCAGUGUGUGCUCUGCUACAGCCUCAGCAAUAACAACAGGCGCCUCAUACACUCGUUCACAGCGAUCUAUUGAGAGCAAGUCAAUGGAAAGCUUCUUUGGUGCCAGAUUUCCACUGGGCAGACUCCGGUCCUCUAUUUCAUCAGGGAAGCAGGUUCCUCUCAAAUCCCACUGUCUGUCUGCAGAAGCUGAGAAACAACCUGAAACUGAAGCUCUGGACUACCUGCCCCUGGUUCAUCUGCAGUUGGCAUCAGGAGCAUUUCUCCUGACUGAGAGCUACUCUGACUGUGUCCAGAUCCCCCUGGACCGCUUGAAGAGGGCUUCACCAUACAGCCUCCACCGCCGCAGCCUCAGCCCACCCUUUCGCUGCACAUCUCCCAGUGCCCCAUCUUUAUCCACCUCUACUAAGCCUCCUGGUGCUUCCACUAGUCACCACGUUACCUUUUCUCCUUCUUCCUGCUCUCUCCCCAAACCAACUGCACCUCCUUUCCACCACACUCCAGACGACACCCCCCUGAUGCUGGAAGCAAAGCUUCGCCGGAAACACCUGUCUGACCGAGACCCUGUAACAUCACCCCCUGACCUCCCCAGUUCUGAGGAGGGCUCUCUGGAGCUAUCUGUUGGCCCCUCUCCAAGCCAGAGCCAUGGCCAGGCAGACAGUGGUCGUGGAUCAGAGACAGAUGUAUGUGAGGGGUCUUUGGGAGAGCCAGCUGACCUCCAGGGGAGCAGCCAGUUGGCUCAAGAGGACCUGGAGGGCUCUAGCUGGGCCACAGCUGUGGCUCUAGCCUGGCUCGAGCACCGCUGUGCCGGCUACUUCAUGGAGUGGGAGCUGGUGGCAGCAAAAGCAGACUUCUGGCUGCGCAGUCAGGAGUUGCCUGAGGGAGUGGACCUGGCAGGGCUGAAGGGAGCCGCCAGGCAGCUGUUCCUGCUGCUACGCCACUGGGACGAAAACAUCAAGCUAAACAUGCUGUGUUAUAACCCCAAUAAUAUGUGAGCCAAUGAUCUGUGAGGAAACUGAGCCAGAUCUCUCAUCUCUCAGAUUAGCCUACUCAAUUGUUACCAAUGACAGCCUUUAUAUGGAAAAGUAAAUCCUGUAUUUUAUCUGCAGGAUCAAUUAAUACCGUAACCCUGUGCCAAGUUCACUCUAAUAUUAAGCUGCACAUGAAAUAUUUUACUGAUAUCAGACUUUAUAUUUAUGCGAUGAGAAUACCCUUUACAUGACAUAGACCAAGUGGCCUUUUAUUAUAGAUAUGCUUUAUGCAAUCACAACAAUAUCUCGACCAUUUCAACAGGCUUUUUUUUAAGUCUACAUAUAGUCGGUAUAGUGCAUUACUUUGCCCAGUGUUUAAUCACAGUCAGCAUUGAAUGUGAAUAAGUUUGAUUAAUAGGAUGAUUGUUUGAUAAACUAAAGAGAUAUUACUUUAAAUGAGGAAAUUAUUGUUUAAGAAAAAAAAUAUAUAGAUAUAUAUAUAGUUGAA